AUUUUAUCUUCACUGUCUCUGACGCCUCCUCUGAGAUAUGAGCAAAUAUAAAAAUGAGCAGAUGUGACAGACGUUACAAUACUCGAGGAAUCCAUCAGGUCAAAGCUUGGCUGAUAGAAGAAUGAAAUACACAGCAGGUUUCCUGAAAGUGGCGUGUGCCUUGACGCUGGUGCUGAUGCGAGGCGCGGACGCGGCACAUGCGCAUAAGGGGAGCUCGUGCAGUCUGAAAGAGAUCGCGGCCCUCACCAAAAGCCAAGUUGCAGCGAGCUUGACAGAUUUUGACAAAGCCAACGGGAAGCAUCUCGGCACUUGGUCCCCCGGCUUCCCUGAGCUCCGGGUCCACCGAAACUCCACGUUCAGUUCCUCAGACGUCCAGUGCAGCCUCCACUUCAUGGCGAAAGGCCUGGAGAAGAUCUUGGAGGACCAGGAGAACAACCUGAACCCCAAAGACGAGACACUUCACCAGAAGCUCCGGGACUCCAUCUACAGGAUCGUCAUGCUGACGGCGUGCGUGAGGAGCGUCCACGGGGACAAAUGCUCCUCAGAGCCGCCCUCGCCCAGGAUGCCCGAGCGUGUGUUUGAGAGGAAACAGUGGAGUCAUACUCUGCUGAAGGCGGCCAGGGACUAUCUGAAUUGGCUGCAGUCUGAGCUCUCCAGCCCAAAUGUACAAGAAACAAACGGGACGAAGCAUAAAACUGCUAAAGCAACACACCAGGGUUUUUUGGCAGGGAGCUUACACCCACUGUAAUGUAUUUAAUUUUAUUUUAAUAUAUUUUAUUUUAUUUUAUUUUAUUUACAAGAUAUGUGAAGUGUAGACAGCACCUAGCAUUUGGCACCAUUACACUGUGUCCCCCUUUUCACUCUGUAGCAGAAAAUGAAUGAAUGUGAUGCAAUGUGACAAUGUGAAGUUUCUAAAUGAAAUAACUUUUUCAAUCAAAAUCUGAGUCCAUUAAUGGUGAAGUCAGACAUUUUUGUGGGAGGGGGGCGCCUCUUCUUUUCUGUUCUUGCUCGUGUCAGGCGAGAAGGUUGAAAUCCCUCACACAUUUGUGCAUUAAGUGUAACUCCAGGCAGUAUUAAAUAUAGUAUUCAGUUAGCUUAGCUCAGCAUAAAGACAGAAAUAGGUGAAAUAAUUAGCACUGGUUGGUCUGAUAGCAACAAAGUCCGUCUUCCAGCACCUCUUAAAGAACCUUUGGUGUAAAAUGCCAGAUUGCAGGUUCAGGGGUGAGUCCUCACCAGAUAUAUUUGUUGCAUUUCCAGUCUUUAUGUUUUGCUAACUGGCUUCAAAAGACUGAUACUCAUACCGUCAUUGCACCUCAUUCUCAGAAAGAAAAUCAAAACUACCACUAAAGCUUCACCAGAAACUGCUUUGUCCCAUUAAACCUCACCGCAAUUGACAUGUUCCCGCGUGACAGCAAUUAAUCAACUGGCCAAACAAAGCAAACGAGGACAGCCUCUAAAACGUUUCCUAAUUGCGGCAGUUUGUUUUCUCAGCCUUCACGGUGAUUAAUUGUUUCGCCCUGGCCUCCAUCCCUGGUGAGUGGUGGGCUGCUUCGCCUCAGGCAGAAAAAAAAAAGAGAGACAGAAGCUGAUAAGAAUCAACCUUCAGAGAGCCAUUGGUUUGGGCUCCAGUCUGAGACAGUGUGACACAGACAGGAAGAUGAAAACCCGUCAAAGCAAUGCAAGAGAACAACGCUAUAAAUUAAAGAUUAAUGGCGAUCUCGCCCCCCUCACAUCAGGUGAUCAAUUUACUUUCUCGUAGAAGUGCCAGCAAGUCUUUAUGAAUAAUAUUACUGAAAUUGUUCUAUAAUCACCCAUCAUUCCUGCUGGUGUAGUGUUUGACAUAUUUUUUUUAAAUAAAAUUUAUUUCAAGAUCA